AGCCCUAGUCCUCUGCUUCCAGUCUCCGCUCGCUUCCGCAGUUCCCUGGUCGACGCCGCCGCCUCUCAAAUUCACCUCGCCAUCCGCCGGCACGUCGCAGAACCCCCGGUGUUUUACCUUAGUCCAGUCCUCCUCUCUGCUGCCACCGCCGCCGCUUUAUGCUCGUGUGCCUCCGGCGAGGCCUCUCGCUCGUCCGGCAGCACACCCCCAGCUCCCUCUCCUCGCCCCCGCUCCGCCCCGCCCGCCUCCUCUUCCGCCACCUCUCCGACGCCGCGAUGGGUGAGGGUUCAACCGCCGGGAAGGACGCGAAGGGGAAGGCCAAGGCCCCAGCCGCGGCCCUGGUCGUCGCGCGCGACGCCUCCUACCUGGAGGCGGUCACAUCGAAGAGGAUCCGCUUCUUCGAGGAGAUCCAGGCGAGGCAGGCCCUCGAGCGGCUCAACAUCGGAGGCGAGGCUAUCAAGGUUACUUUGCCUGAUGGCGCUGUGAAGGAAGGGAAGAAGUUGAUAACAACCCCAAUGGAUAUUGCUAAGGAGAUAUCAAGUGGACUGGCAGCUAGUUGUUUGAUAGCUCAAGUGGAUGGAACACUGUGGGAUAUGGGGAGGCCACUGGAAGGUGACUGUGAAUUGAAGUUGUUCAAGUUUGAUAGCAAUGAAGGGCGUGACACCUUCUGGCACUCAAGUGCACAUAUUCUUGGAGAAUCUCUUGAGAGGGUAUAUGGCUGCAAGCUGUGCAUUGGGCCUUGCACUACAAGAGGGGAGGGCUUCUACUAUGAUGCUUACUACAAUGAUCUGACAUUGAAUGAGGAGCACUUUGGUCUCAUUGAAAGCCAAGCUCAAAAGGCUGUUGCGGAAAAGCAACCAUUUGAACGCAUUGAGGUCAGCAGGGCAGAAGCUCUUGAAAUGUUUGCUGAAAAUAAAUUUAAGGUUGAAAUCAUUAAUGAGUUGCCCGAGGACAAGACCAUUACAGUAUACAGAUGUGGUCCUUUAGUUGACCUUUGCCGUGGGCCACACAUCCCGAAUACUUCCUUUGUCAAAGCUUUUUCUUGUCUUAAGGCUUCAUCAUCGUAUUGGAGAGGAAAAGUAGACCGCGAGAGCCUGCAGAGAGUAUAUGGAAUUUCUUUCCCUGAUUCUAAACGUCUCAAGGAAUAUAAACAUCUGUUAGAGGAGGCAAAGAAACGUGAUCAUAGGUUACUGGGGCAGUCUCAGGAACUCUUCUUUUUCCAUCCACUUAGCCCAGGAAGUUGCUUCUUCCUUCCACAUGGUGCUAGAAUAUAUAACAAACUGAUGGACUUUUUGCGACAGCAGUAUAGAGAUAGAGGCUACCAAGAGGUGUUGAGCCCAAAUAUUUACAAUAUGCAACUUUGGGAAACUUCUGGACAUGCUGCAAACUACAAGGAGAACAUGUUCCUUUUUGAGAUUGAGAAACAGGAAUUUGGACUUAAGCCGAUGAAUUGUCCUGGCCAUUGUCUAAUGUUUGACCAUAGGGUUCGUUCGUACAGAGAGUUGCCUCUCCGUAUGGCUGAUUUUGGAGUCCUUCACAGAAACGAGCUUAGUGGUGCUCUUACAGGUUUAACACGUGUUAGAAGAUUCCAGCAGGACGAUGCCCAUAUCUUUUGCAGAGAGAACCAAAUCAAGGAUGAAGUUAAGGGUGUUUUGGAAUUCAUCAAUUAUGUGUAUGAGAUAUUUGGCUUUAAAUAUGAGUUGGAACUGUCUACGAGACCAGAGAAGUAUUUAGGUGAUAUUGAAACCUGGAACAAAGCAGAGCAACAACUGACAGAAGCCUUGAAUGAGUUUGGGAAGCCAUGGCAGAUUAAUGAAGGGGAUGGUGCUUUCUAUGGUCCGAAAAUUGAUAUUGGUGUGUUCGAUGCCCUCAAGAGAAAGUUUCAGUGUGCAACUCUACAGCUGGAUUUUCAGCUGCCCCUUCGCUUCAAAUUGUUUUACUCUGCGGAGGAUGAAGCCAGGCUUGAAAGGCCUGUGAUGAUACACAGGGCAAUCCUAGGAUCUGUUGAAAGGAUGUUUGCCAUUCUUUUGGAGCAUUACAAUGGUAAAUGGCCUUUGUGGCUAAGCCCACGCCAGGUCAUUGUUUGCUCCGUAUCCUCCAAUUCAGUAGAAUAUGCAAAACAGGUUCUUGCCAGGUUACAUGAAGCUGGUUUUUAUGUUGACAUUGACAUGUCUGACAGGACAAUUCAAAAGAAGGUACGGGAAGCUCAGAUGUCCCAAUUCAACUACAUUCUUGUCGUUGGUGCACAAGAGGCAGAGACUGGGGAGGUCGUUGUUAGGGUUAGAGACCACGCUGAACUGACCACAAUGAGCAUUGAAGCCGUCAUCGCACGUUUUAGGGAGGAAAUAGCAGCAUUCAGAUGAUUUUGAUUUCACAUAAUGUCCUCAUUUGGCUAAGAAUUCACUAUUUCACUCCCCAUUGUGGUUUGGAUGGAUUUUGUGGUGAACAGUACCAAAUUCCUUGUGCUACUUUGGUCCUGUUUGGCACGGCUGAAGCUUAUGGGUUUUUGCUGAAAAAGAUUUUCGUUGAAAGCUGUUUAUGGCUUAUGCCAAAAGUAGUUGGGUUUUAUAAGAAAUUUUUAUGUUCUCGGUACAUUAGCUUUUCAGUUUAUCAGUUUUUAGUUUAUUUCAUUAAAAGCUAGUUUUUCAGCUUUUCAAAAUCAGCAAUAAGCCAGUCCGUGUUUCCGUUUAUAAUUUCUGUCAAACAGGGUCUUUAUCUGUAGGGAGUUGUGCAGUCGAAAGCUAUGCUCCUUGUUUUUCGUUAAUUACAUAAGUGCAAUACUUAAUCUGUAGGUAGUUGACCGCAAGUUAAAGACCUUAUUUUAAUUUACAGGAAAUGUUUUUUAUUA